AUGAAGCAGUUACAAAAUCAAGGUCAUCAAUGGGUCCCUCCUGAAGAGUCUUAUGUGAAGAUCAAUGUAGAUGCAACAUUUAUUCCUAAUAAAGGUGCUGGAGGAGCAGUAACUCAAGAUCAUAGAGCGCUUCCUAAAGUUGUUAUCGAAGGAGAUGCUAAAGUGGUUUCUACAGUAAUUUUUGGGGAAACACAGGACAUACCUUGGAGUAUAAGAUUAGUUAUUUUGAAGAUCUGUAAUGAAUCUUCUUCUUUUGCGGAUAUUAAAUUUCAACAUGUUCCAAAAUCAGCAAACUAUGUAGCUCAUGGUUUAUAUCAGUUUACUAUACAUGAUGAUGUAAUAUUUAGGUGGAAUGUUAAUGAACCACCUAGUUGUAUCUCUUCAAACCUCAGUUUCAAUGAGGUAGUUUAUUAA